ACUGCGUUAAUAACGCAUUAACGCAAAUUCAUUUUAACGGCACUAAUUUUUUUAGCGCGCGAUUAAGGCAGCGCGCAUUUUCUGUUUGACUCUUGGCCUUUCCCGUAGUUUGGGAAAUGGACAUGCAGCAUCAAACAGAAAUGGAGAAGGAAAAAGGUCUUCUGAACGGAAAAUUCAUAUAUAAAACGAUGUCUGAUGGUUCUGUCGACAAGACAAAAGUUAUCUGCAUUUAUUGUCGAUGUGAAUUAAGUUAUCACCGCAGCACGUCGAGUUUAAAAUAUCACUUGAUGGCGAAGCAUACAACUGAUGCAGAGAGCUCUCCGCCCCCUCGCCAAAGUCAGACAACACUCGAUUGUUUUCAGCGGAGACGGAUGGACAACUCCACAAGCAAUAGACUCACCACAUCUAUCGCUAAAUGGGUGGCUACAGCAUGUAGGCCAGUUAAUGUAGUGGAGGACGAGGGUCUACUUGAAAUUAUUCGCACCGCAUCUAACGAUUACACAUAUGAACUACCUUCGAGAGCCACUGUUACAAGCAAGAUUCACGACUCCUACGAAGAGGAGAAAGCUAAAGUCGAAGAGGCGUUAAGACAGACAAACACGGUUUGAUUACUGGACUUCCCUCAGUAACCAUAGAUACCUGGGGGUCACGGCUCAUUAUUUUGACACACACUGGAAACUACGGUAGCACGCUUUGACCGUUAUGAAGACAGACGAGAGGCACUAUGCUAACGUUUGCGCUGAGCACAUUCUGCAGGUAGCCAGACAGUGGAAUAUUGAACUCAAAAUUAGCACACUGACUACCGAUAGUGCACGCAACAUGAUUGCAGCGGCCACGCAGCUCCCGUUCGAGCAAAUGCCUUGCAUUGCACACAGCCUCCACCGAGCUAUCACAGUUUCGCUCCAGAACAGCCCGUUUGACAGCGCCUUGGCAAAAUGUAGGAAAGUAGUGGGCCAUUUCAAGCAUAGCCCAGCCGAGCUCGAACAACAGCAAGUUACACAUCAUCAAAAGAUAGAGUCACUGACACAGGAGGUGUCAACCAGAUGGAAUAGCACCCUGGAAAUGAUAAAGCGUAUUCAAAGAAAUCAAGAACCAUUAAGAGAAGCACUGACCCUACAUGCAAGCAACAUCAACAUGCCCACAGCAGCUGAACUGGAUAAACUGAAGAGGUUGGAGACUGUGCUGGAACACUGCAGGUAUGUGAGUCAACUACUAGGAGGAGAAAACUUUGUUUCAUAAAAUAAACCAGUGACAACUGAGCCACCUAAGAAGAUGUCACGUCUCAUGUCUGUGCCAGAUUCUUCAUCUGAUGAUGAAGAGGACUGCAUUGAGAAAUGUGUGGAGCGUUACAAGGCAGAGCCCUCUAUUGGCAUAGAGGACUGUCCCCUGCAGUGGUGGUCCAAACAUGAAGGGGCACACAGUGAGAUGGCCAACCUUGCACGCAGAUACUUAGCAACACCUGCCACAUCCAUACCUUGUGAAAGACUGUUUUCAUUGUCAGGGCAUGUUGUUCAGAAGAAGCGAGCUGCCCUGUCGUCUGAAAAUGUAAACAGGCUUGUCUGUUUGAGCAACUGGCUCAGUGGAAAGAAAGGAAAGUAAUGGAAACCUGUGUUUUUUCUAUGUUCUUUUUUUCAAUAGUCAUGAACAAGUUAUUUGAAAAACAUGUCUAUGUUCUUUAUGCUCCGUGUUUAAGGUGGUUUCAGUAAUAAAUGUACACUUUGCAUGUUUAGAAGAAGUGGUCUGCCCUGUUGUGCGAAAAUGUAAACAGGCUUGUGUAAGUAAAUAGCUGCAAAGAAAGAAGUAAUGGAAGCCUGUGGUUUUUCUAUGUUCUAUGACCUUUGAAACAUGUCUUCAUACUUAUGUCCAGUAUGGUUUCACUAAUA